CGUGGAUCGGGAUCGAGCCUUGUUUCCGUGACACGGAAAAACUUCUACAUCGUCAAGAUUCGCUCACGUAGCACGUGUUCCCUUGCACGCGAUGCUCGUGAUGUGUUCGUCCUUUUAUUAAGGAGAAGAGACACUGGGUACCGAAAUGGCGCAGGAAAUCCCGGAGACGACGUAUGUACCGGAAGUUGAGGAGGAUGCUAGAAAGGAGCGAGAACGGCGGUCCGUUCAAGAGGGGACAGUCUUGUGGAGACGACGAAAGGAGGAGUUGCGACGUCAAAAGCACCGUGAACAACGUGAACUCCAGCAAAUCUUGGAGAAUUAUUCGCCUUGGGGUAAGCCAGGAGGAGGUGCUCCUUGCGCCGCCACUCUUAGAAAGAAAAACGUCCCUCUAGAACCGCCGGAGCCACCGAAGUGUCACAAUUUCGGUCAGGGCUGGACGAGCAAUUCGACGAUCGAAAGGUUACACAACCGUGGCAUUACUCCUUUGGCCGACACGGAUAUGAACAAGUUCCUUGAUGAUAAGGCAGAACAAGGUAUCGUUACGGACGUGCAGCUCGUAGAGGACACGAAAAAUCGUUACAAUGAAGAGAUUCAGGUGUACGAAUUGACCGGGGGCGUGGAACUGGUACCACUAUUGACCAGCAGACGUUAUUAUUCGCAGCCACCGGGCACUCGUCAUGUAACCACUGACGCCACGCGUCCUGGAUAUACGAUAGAGUCAUUACGAACGUUGGGGGUUGGGAAUCGCGAGUACAUCACCGAGCUCACCGAUCAAGUGCGACGGAAGCGGGAGAAAGCGCUGGAAGAACGACGGAUGGAGCAGGAGAGCUGUCGCAGACAUUUCGAUACCUGGAGAAAGUUAUGGGGCAAGCCGGGUCAUGGUGCGCCCAUAGAUCACGCCCACCGUAACAAUCUCUACAACAUUCUCUACCGUCCGGCCAUCUAUUGAAUUUCUACCCGCCGCCAGAGCGCAAAAU